AUGAUAUGUUUAAUGAAACACCAGCUUUGCAAGCAAGAAACAGGACUAUGGGACUAUGUCACCUCCAACAGUAGUGUCCAGCGUCAAAACUGUCGAAAAAUCAGAAUUCUUAUAAAUGAUGAAACCAAGCCACAGAUUCCUGCUGAGUGGGAAAAGAAAACCUCCAUGCUAAAGCUUUUCUACUCUUCCCCAGAUCUAAUACAGGUUAUUCAUGAGGAAGAAAAAAGGAAGCCAACAGCAACUCCAAUCGGUCAUCAGGAGGAUAACAAGUCAAUAUGCCACCCUAAAGCAGAGAGUAAACGGAUGAGGAGGAGUAGGAUUCAAAUUUUCAGCCCUGUUUUUGGGGAAACUGGUCCAACUCCCACUGGCCUUCGUAACUUAGGAAAUACUUGUUACAUGAACUCAGUAUUGCAGUGCCUGUGUAAUGCUCCAUGUUUUUCGGAUUAUUUUAACCAAAACUAUUACCUGGAUGAUAUUAACAGGUCGAAUCCAUUGGGGCAUAAAGGUAAAGUGGCAGAAGAAUUUGGCCUAAUUAUAAAAGCUCUGUGGUCAGGACAGUACAGGCAUAUCAGUCCAAAAGACUUUAAAAUAACAAUUGGGAAAAUCAAUGACCAAUUUGCAGGAUCCAGCCAACAAGACUCUCAAGAACUACUUCUAUUUCUGAUGAAUAGUCUUCAUGAAGAUUUGAAUAAAGCAGAUAAUCAGAAAAGAUAUAAAGAGGAAAAUAAUGACCAUCUUGAUGACUUGAAGGCUGCAGAGCAUGCUUGGCAGAAACACAAGCAGCUCAAUGAGUCUAUCAUCGUUACGCUUUUUCAGGGUCAGUUCAAAUCUACAAUCCAGUGCCUCACCUGUUACAAAAGGUCUAGGACAUUUGAGACUUUUAUGCAUCUGUCUUUGCCACUGGCAUCCACAAGUAAAUGUACAUUACAGGAUUGCUUCAGGUUAUUUUCCAAAGAAGAGAAACUGACAGAUAACAACAGUUUUUAUUGUAGUCACUGCAGAGCACAACAAGAUUCUCUAAAAAGUAUAAAAAUUUGCAAAUUACCACCUGUACUUUUAAUACAUCUGAAACGCUUUUCCUACAAGGGCAGGCAGAAGAACAAAUUACAGGCAAAUGUGGACUUCCCCUUAGAAAAUCUUGACCUGUCACAGUAUGUUAUAGAUUCAAAUAACAACUUGAAAAAAUAUAACUUAUUUUCUGUGUCGAAUCACUAUGGUGGACUGAACAGAGGCCAUUACACUGCCUUUUGUAAAAAUGCAGCAAAACAAUGCUGGUUUAAGUUUGAUGAUCAUGAAGUUUCCUAUAUCCCCACCUCUUCUGUGAAAUCCUCAGCAGCUUAUAUCCUCUUUUAUACUUCAGUGGGAUCAAGAGCAAUGGAUAUAGCUACAACAAGCAAAGCAGAUUUUCAAUUAAUUGCUGUUUAA